AUGCGCGCGUCAACGAUCAUCUCGGCCCUCUGCCUUCUAAGCGGAGGUGCUGCCCAGCGUAUCAAUCGAAGAGACAACUCCACCACGGCGGACUCUUUGAUUCCCAACCGAUUCAUCGUCCAGCUCUCCGACGCUGCAGAUGUCACAGCCGUAGCUGCUGCCAUCAAAGCAAGACCCGGCGCCCGCGUUGUCAAGGAGUUCAACAGCCCCGUCUUCAAGGGUGUCAGCAUUGAGUCGGACACGGAGACGACGGACUCACUCUCCCGAAUCGACGAUGUGGACUCGGUCUGGCCCUCGCGCAUGAUCAAACUCGAUCCUUCUCCGAAGACUUCUCUGGACAAGAGAGACGCAGCGGCCGUCCCCAUUCGAGAUAUUCACAAGUCGACGGGUGUCUACAGGCUUCACGAAGCUGGCAUCCUGGGCGAGGGAGCCAAGGUUGCUGUGGUGGAUACUGGCAUCUACUACAAUCACGAAGCACUCGGAGGUGGAUUCGGGCCCGGGUUCAAGGUUGAGGGUGGCCGUGAUCUUGUUGGAGACGGGUACUGGCCUGACGAACCAAAGAAUCCGGACGACGAUAUCGAAGACUUCCAAGGUCACGGAACACAUGUCGCCGGCAUCGUCGCUGGCGAAACCGAAGAAUUCAAGGGAGUUGCUCCCAAGGCCAAGAUCUACGGUUACAAGGUGAUGGGAGCCCGAGACUACACAGAUGACGAGACUUUGAUCGAGGCUUUCCUUGCUGCUUAUGACGCGGAUGUCGACGUGAUCACUGCCAGCAUCGGUGGUCCUGACGGAUGGCCCGACAGUGCCUGGCAAAGAGUAUGCGACCGCAUCGCAGCAACCGGCAUCGUCAUCACCAUCGCUGCAGGCAACUCCGGCUGGGAAGGAGCUUACCACGGUAGCUCCGGCUCUUCAGCCAAGGGCGUCAUCGCAGUUGCAUCCACCGAAGCCUCCGUCAUCGUCGGAAAGCCCUUCAAUGCAACAUUCACCGACAACUCUGGUGUUGCCAGAACAAUCACCGUGGGUUACAUGGCCGACGAGGCUUUCCCGGAGACCAUCAACCUUCCAAUCAUCCCUCUGACCCUCGACGCCACCUCCGACAUUGCUCGUGGAUGCCAGGCCUUCCCAUCUGGAACACCGUCUUUCGCUAAAGCCAUCGUCCUUCUUCGCUCUGGAGGCUGCGAGAACUACGUGAAGCAGCGCAACGCCAAGGCAUUCGGGGCGGAGUAUGUGCUCACCUACAACGACGAGUCCGUCUUGGGAGUCCCCUUCGGAUACGAAACUGCGACCAUUGGUACCGUGUCUGGCGAUGCCGGCCACGAGAUCAUCACGGCCAUCAAGAACGGCGGCAAAGUCACCGGCGACUUCUCCCUCGAUCAGACUAAGCCAAUCGGAAUCGUCAACCCCUUCGGAAACCUCGCAAACGACUUCACCAGCAUCGGCGCCCUGAACGACUUGUCCCUGAAGCCGGAUAUCGCGGGACCCGGUGGCGAUGUGUACAGCUCAUACCUCUCCCCUCCGACCUGGACGAUCCUGAGCGGAACAUCCAUGGCAACCCCUUACCUCGCCGGCAUUGCCGCGCUGUACGUCGGCAAGUUCGGCGGGAAGAAGAUUCACGGCGCCAAGUUCAGCGAGCAGCUCAUGAUGCGAAUCAUCUCCAGCGGUGAGCGGGUCCAAUGGUCGAAUGACAUCCACACGGUUGAGGGCUUCACGGCUUCCGUCGCUCAGGUCGGCGCUGGUCUUGUCAAUGCUUCCAAGGUGCUUGACUACACCACCCAGCUGUCGCUUGAGCGGUUCGCUCUGAAUGAUACCGCCAACUUCAUCGAGAAGCACACCGUCGAGAUCACCAACCACGCUGCGGAGGCAGUUACGUACACGUUUGCAGUUGAGCCCGCCGGUGGCUUCGACACUCUCGACGCGUCCGACCCGUCCAAGCUUGCCAAGUAUCCUCUUACUCCGCAGACUAUGGUGCCGCAGGUUGCCUUGCCGGAGAGCGGGUUCAGUGUUGGACCGGGAGAGACAAAGACAGCAGAGUUCACUUUCAAGGCCCCCGAAGCACUGAACGCUGCAUUGCUCCCGACAUACAGUGGUAACAUCCGAAUCGAGAGCAGCAAAGGAGAGCAACUUGCCGUACCAUACCUUGGCCUUGCUGCGGACCUUCAAAAGGAGAUGCAUGAGACCUUCGAAGUCGGCUAUCCCUCGGGCACAAAGGGCCCCAACGGGAAUACCGCUUUGGAUGCAACCAAGCCGACAUCUUUCAUAUUUGACCUCUCCAGUGCAGCCCAAGACUUCCCUCGCAUCGCCUACGAGAUGAAAUGGGGAACUAAGACGCUUCGAUGGGAUAUCUUCGAAGGUGGAUGGGAUGAGAUUCGAUGGACCUCGUACCCUCCGGUCGUAGGAGAAAACGGUUUCGUGGGGACUGUCGCCGCGUAUCGUGGCUCACCAAGCCAAGCCAACUUCGAUCCCGCACGAGACGACAGAAAAUGGACAGCGGCAUUUCCGUUGGUGAACAUCUUCCGUACUUCCAUCGAGACCGCAAGGCAUCAUGUUUGGUGGCUCGGUGGCCUCGGGGACGGAACCGACAUCAAGCCUGGCAACUACACGAUGCGCUUUGCUGCGUUGAAUCCUCUGGGUGAUCCUGCUAAGGCGGAUAACUGGGACGUGUACGAUGUGAGAGACAUCAGCGUAGUAUCUUCCCCUCACUGGUGA